AUGACCACCUCCAAGAGAAAGACGAGAAAGCUCAGAGGUCACGUCAGUCACGGUCACGGCCGUGUUGGCAAGCACAGAAAGCAUCCCGGUGGACGCGGUAACGCUGGUGGCAUGCACCAUCACAGAAUCAACUUCGAUAAGUACCAUCCCGGUUACUUCGGAAAGGUAAGAGAAUUUGUUUGAUUUUUUGUUGAAUUUAGGGGUAAAAUACGGAAUAUCUUUCUCAGAUUGAGAUGAAAGGUUUUUGGCAUCUUUUGAAGGUUAUUUUGUUAUGGGUUUUCUAUAAAAUUUACGAUUUUCUACAUUAGACUAGGUGGGCGGCCAAAACACGCCAAUAAUUUUGGUGUUUUGUCUAUGUUUAGUCGCAAAAUUGGUUCAAAAAUUUGGCAAAUAUCUUGAGGUUCCUUUUGGAAUCUUUUCUGUUCAUAAUUCGCAUCUAAAUGUCUUAUUCGCACUCUUCUCGUUUCAAAAGGACUAGUAUAACAUCCUUAUUGUUCUAUAUGAGUGCCAAAUCGUAAUGAGUCCAUUUUUCGCUAACCCCAGACGCAACCAUCGACUGGUGUUUGAUAGUAGUCUUGGAUACACUUUUACAACACAAAAUAAUUAUAGUUUUCCAUCAAAUACCGUGUAUAUUAUCCAAAACUCAAAAAAAUGUUUUCAGGUCGGUAUGCGAAACUUCCAUCUCCACAAGAACCACUACUUCAACCCCGCCGUCAACGUCGAGAAGCUGUGGUCGCUCGUUUCGGAUGAGACCCGCGAGAAGUACGCUAAGGACACCAAGAAAGCCCCAGUGAUCGACGCCACCAGAGCCGGAUACUUCAAGGUCCUCGGCAAAGGCCGACUCCCCAAGAUCCCACUGAUCGUGAAGGCUAAGGAAUUCUCCCACGAAGCCGAACGCAAAAUCAAGAAGGCCGGUGGAGCUUGUAUUCUGGUUGCCUAA